AUGGUGGCGGCGUGGUUGCCUGGUAAUGAAGUUUUGGUUGAGUUGUACUUCACACUUGUUUUUUUUUUGGCUGCGCGAUGCUCCUUUUGCCCCGUCCCCUUUCACCUCUCUACUUCACUUUUGUGGGCUGCUGGCAAUGUCCUUGAGGUUGUCUUUGCGCGCGGAAAAAAAGAAAAGGAAACAAAAUCCGCUUCGCUUCUUUUUUUUUUGAUCUAUUUUUUUCUUUCUUUCUCUCUGUGUGUGUGUGUCUGUGCUGCCUCUUGUUUCUCUCGUUUGUGUUUUCAAAUUGGCGUUUCCCGGCCUCGAGGGUGUGCCCCUGCGCUGAUGGAGAAAGGGCCGUCUGCGGCAACACGGAAGUAG